AUGGGCAGAUUAGACGGCAAAGUCGCCAUCGUAACUGGCGGCGGCUCGGGAUUCGGCGCCGGCAUCUCGAAAGGCAUGGCCUCUGAAGGAGCCAAAGUCCUCGUCUGCGAUAUCAAUCAAUCGGGCGGCGAAGCAACCGCAGCAACAAAUCCCUCAUCCCUUGCCUUCCACAAAAUGGACGUGACCAAAACCUCAGACUGGAAAGCCACCGUCUCAGCUUGCAUCGAAAAGUUCGGCCGCUGUGACAUCCUCGUGAACAACGCAGGUUGGAGUUAUACUAACAAGCCUACCUCAACUGUCACCGAGGAUGAAUUCGACAAGGUCUUUGAUGUCAAUGUCAAGGGUGUGUAUCUGGGCUGCAAUGCUUGGGUCGAUCAAGCUAUAGAGCGUAAAGAAGGAGGUGUGAUUAUCAACAUCGCCAGUGUUGGGGCCACGCGGCCAAGACCUGGUCUGGUGUGGUAUAACGCGAGUAAAGGCGCAAUAUGGAAUGCGACAAAAGGACUUGCAGCAGAGUACGGUCCGCAUCAGAUCCGCGUCGUGUCCAUCUGCCCUCUUGUCACCGGAACGGGUCUUUUCUCGGCUUUCACAGGGAUGGAAGAUACGCCAGAGAACAGGACGAAGUUUACGUCGAAUGUCCCUAUGGGCAGAAUUGGAGAAGUGGACGAUGUGGUGAAUGCGUGUAUCUUCAUGGCAAGCAAGGAAGCAGGCUUCAUUACCGGAGUCAAUCUCGAAGUGGAUGGUGGACGGUGUAUCUAG